AUGCAGUCAUCAUCGGACCCGGGCAACACCCCUCUUUUCACAAUCGACGAGCAGAUGGACCUAGCGUUUGACCUGUUCAAAGCCCUUGUCGCUAUGCAGAGAUACCUGGAAGGAGCAAGGACAAUGGUGGAGAGGCGGAGGCACGCUCUAGAGGAGAAUCUUGCUCCCAAUCCUCGAGGCUGGACCAAAAGGCAUCUACAGCGUGCUUUUGAAGCAAGUGUUAGGAUCCACAACGAGGCUAUGGAAAGCAGGAAGCGCAUCAUGGAGAGCCCUAUCCAACUAGUAUACGGGCCAAUGCACAUGCAUGGCGGAGACUCGGCUUAA